UUCUAGGGAAGUAGAUCUAUCUCCCAGAAGUUUUUCAGGUGUUGUAGAUGCCAUACGUUGCCACCUUUACUAAUGGCACUUCCAUUGCUGUUGUGGAGAAAAGGAAAGCCUUAGAUGUGUGAGGUUGUAGGAAACCUGACAGAUGACUGUGUAGCCUGUGGGGAGCUGCACUGAUGGAGUCGAUGAGAUGGCUGCUUUUGAUCUUAUAUCUUCUUUCUAAUGUUUAAAAUACCUGUGUGGCUUGUUUCCUUCUGAGCAAAGUGAUCACUCAGGCAAGUCAUAAUUUGCCCUAUGUAAUAAAAGAGAACUAGUGUAAUUACUAAUUAUUUUAAUGGUAGCUGAGUCUGACUUAUUCAGCUACUUUAUAAAAUCCCUGGUUUUGAGCAGCCAGUGGGUUUAGGUGCAGAUUGGCCUUAAUUUCCUACUCCAUAGACGGCAACUCAGCAUAGUGUAAGGAUACUUGAACUUUUAACAGUGCAGAGUUGCCAUCUGCUUUGUAGACAUGCCUGUGUUUAUUCAGACUAAUGGGAUGAUUAAUUUGUGACCUCUGUUAGAAUCCCCAGCAUUUGCUGCUGUCACAGCAGUUGGCUUUUGUCUUGAGAGUUUCAUUUGGACUGUGAAGCUUUAAUUAUUUUAUUUCCUCUACUCUUUUACUUGCUAAUUUUUAGUAAGUUGGGUUUUUGGCUGCGUAGGCCUUUGAAAUAAGGACUAGAUAUAUUGAGAUGGAUGUGAAAAAGAACUGUGUGGUCUACAGAAUAGAAAACCCUAUAUGGGAAUUCGUCUCCAAGAGCAGGAUCAGACACUUGUAACUAUCUACAUAAGAAGCCUUUGAAGAAGAAAAUAUUUCAAGCAUAGACCUCUUUCUCAAGUUGUGGAACACUUCUAGGAGUUUUCUGAGAGCAGCUAGCACGUUAUAAUUAGGUGUGAAGUUUGCAGGAGCUUGAUUUGUCCUGACAGGAUGGAGUGGACUGUAGAACAGUGCUCUGUUCAGGGUACAUUGUUUUAAUGUGGAAAAAACCCAGAAGUUGUCCUUGUGUGUUAACUUCAGUUUAGUGUAAUACUACUGAAGACACAUUCAGUCUGUUGUCGAAGCAAGAGAUGCUUCAGGAUGAAAGGCUUUUUGUUUGCAAGGAGAAGAGUGGGGUUUUUUUUGGGUCAGGUGGGCUGGUUGCUUCUUAGAAAUUAUUACAACUGAUCCAAGCAUAAUUUUAUGUUUGCUUAGUCAUGUGAGAAGAUAUGAAACUCUGAAGAUUCUUGCAAAGCUUCUUCAUUGAAGUGAGACAUGAUCUUGAAAAGAUGAUUUUCGAUCCUACUAUGAGCAAGAAAAAGAAGAAGAAGAAGAAGCCCUUUAUGUUGGAUGAGGAAGGAGGAGAUACACAAGCAGAAGAGACUCAGCAAUCAGAAACAAAAGAAGUUGAACCAGAGCCAACAGAAGACAAAGAUGUUGAAGCAGAUGAAGAAGAUAGCAGGAAGAAAGAUGCAACAGAUGACCUGGAUGACUUAAACUUCUUCAAUCAGAAGAAAAAGAAGAAAAAACCAAAAAAGAUAUUUGAUAUAGAUGAAGCAGAAGAAGGUGUCAAGGACUUGAAAAUUGAAGGAGACGUGCCAGAGGCAGUAGAACCUGAAGAUGACCUUGAUAUCAUGCUGGGCAAUAAAAAGAAGAAAAAGAAGAAUGUGAAAUUUCCAGAUGAAGAUGAGAUAAUGGAGAAGGAUGAAGCUUUUGAGGAUGAAGAUAGCAAAAAAGAUGAUGGAAUUUCUUUUAGCCUUCAGUCAGGACCUGCAUGGGCAGGCUCAGAGAGGGACUACACGUAUGAUGAGUUGCUCAACAGAGUUUUCAACAUCAUGCGGGAAAAAAAUCCAGAUAUGGUAGCUGGAGAGAAAAGAAAAUUUGUCAUGAAGCCUCCCCAGGUUGUAAGAGUAGGGACCAAGAAAACAUCUUUUGUCAACUUUACAGAUAUCUGCAAAUUAUUACAUCGUCAGCCAAAACACCUUCUGGCAUUUUUGUUGGCAGAAUUGGGUACAAGUGGCUCAAUAGAUGGUAACAACCAGCUUGUAAUCAAAGGAAGAUUCCAGCAAAAACAGAUAGAAAAUGUCUUGAGAAGAUAUAUCAAGGAGUAUGUCACCUGUCAUACGUGUCGGUCACCAGACACAAUCCUACAGAAGGACACCAGGUUAUAUUUCUUGCAGUGUGAGACCUGCCACUCUCGCUGCUCCGUCGCCAGCAUCAAAACUGGUUUCCAGGCUGUCACAGGCAAGAGAGCACAGCUCCGUGCCAAAGCCAACUAGUUUGCUAAUCAACACUGGAUUUUGCAAAGUGUUCUGGGGAGAUCUGACUGGACAGGUUUACAAUCAGAAUGGAUUUACCGUUAUAUUAAAACAAGAUUGUAAAAACCACAAGAAAUUUGACUCUUGAUUGGUUGGUCUGAGAUCCUUGCAAGAUGCAGAUCCUCAAGCUGUUCACAUACGUUUGUUCAUUGAGUAUAUUUUACCAACUGUAAGGAACAUGAUGGGAAAGGAGGUGCUUUUUAAUCCAUUCACACUUCUGUAAAACACAAGAUAAAUUAAAGAUACUGUAACAGUGAGUGUCUUUGAUUUGGAUUUUUCCUUCAGUUUCCUCUUUAAACAGCUCAUGGGAAUGGUUGGCAUGUUCUUCUGCAGAUCAUGUCACUGAACUAUGUCCAAGACUCAGAAUACAGUUUAAGGUAAAGGUUAUUUUGCUUUUACAUAACAAGGUUAUUUUUAAUUAGGCUAUCAUUAAACAGAGAAGCCUGUCACUAAAAGCCACGAGGACGAGAUACCAACGUGAGAAGUGCUUGUGCUUGUAUAGCCACGUUCAUAUGGGAAUGCAUAUUGCACAGAAGGUGACAUCAGGGCAUGCUGAUGCAGCUUAAAUAGACAAAAUGUAGCAGACUCAAACACCAUAUUGAUGCUGAAUCUUGAAAUAGAAUUGACAAACUGCUGUAAGCUUUCAUAGUGUCAUAAUACUAAAUUUUGCAGUUUCUAGUACAGAAAUGUUAAUAUUUCUGAAGCCCUGCACUCUUCACCACUUUAGAAAGAAUCUAACCAAAUGCAGCCAAAAAAAAGGAUAUAGGUGACACCAUUACAUGAUGGCUGCAACAGUCUUACAUGAAUCUUGAAUUUACAGAAGAUACUGCCAAGUAGUUUUGAGUUUCAAAGUACCACAUUGUGCUUCUUACAACAUGCAGUUCUCUCUGCUAGCAGCAUUGCUAAUCUCUAGGGGAUGUGCCUCCUGCUGUCCUAACUAGUUUUUUUCUAGUGCUGUAGAAGUUUUGUUACAGCUGCAAGUAGAACGAUUCAGAAGGGGAGUGAAGUCCCUCAAGUCUGUUAAGGGGAGAGUUUUCAUUUAAUUGCCAAAUUGCACAGGGUCAGGGUGGGAUGCAGUAGCUUGGGUCCCUGAGCACUGCAGGCAGGCUGAGUAGCCUCCCCAGGGAAAAUGGUGGUCAAUGCAGGUCAUGAAAUACCAGAAACUGGAAGGUUUCUACCAAGUUGUAAUCCUUCUAUGUAUACAGAACACAGUCUUGCUGGGAAGUCACUUACUUGCUAUUUGAAAACUUGACAGCAAUGUAAGGCAAAAAUCAAGGUAAUGGUUGGUUUCUUAAAAGCAUUUUGAAUUUCAAGUGAGCUAUAACAAAUGUUGGAUGUAUCUUUAAGUGAAUAAAGCCAGGAUCAGUGCCUCUUGUAA